AUGACGACUCCUUCACGGGACCAGCCGUCGACGACCGCGCAAAAUAUUCCUCAGACGACUGCUUCAGUGUCGAAAACAGAGCCCGACCACGACACACUAUCGUCGAGCGCCGUAGAGAUGAAGACGCUCCCAUCACCUGCCGGCGCAUCUGCAACCACAAACACCAUUACGAGCGACUCCGGAGCCCCUCAAAUCGCUCCAGUGGAAUUCACAAAUGUUGGAGGGAUUAGCCCAUCAGGAAGCACACAACCGCUCGUAUCGUCAUCGGCAGCACCUCCCGCUCGCAAUGAGCUGAACCGAACGGAAACGGAAGCAGCUCUGGGUCCCUCAACAGAUGGUCCUGCGGCAAACCCUGACAACAGCAACGGGCCAACAGUAGUAAUAAUGCUGUUGCUUACGACGGGAGCGAGGCAUCCAUACAAGAUCGACGAGAAAUACCUCAAGAAGCGCAAUGUCACAGUGGAACAGAUGGACCCGUACAACAUUAGCGUCUACACUCUAAAAGAGCUAAUAUGGCGAGACUGGCGAGAAGAAUGGGAACCAAGGCCGACCUCACCGAGUUCGAUAAGAUUGAUUCACUUCGGUCGCAUGUUGGACGAUAAGUCACCUUUGAAAGAUUGCCGAUUCCAGACAGAAGCUCCGAACGUUGUCCACAUGACUAUCAAGCCGCAGGAGAUCGUUGACGAGGAAGAGAACGCAAAGACUGGUAAAGGCUCGAAAACAAGAGAUGACGGGGAGGAGCCAACAGCUGGUUGUCGCUGUGUCAUUCUGUAA